CAUUGAGCGGGGGCUGCGGCGAGUUCGCUGAGGGCGGGCGCCGCGUGCAGCCGGCGGGGCUCCCCCUGUGUGCGGGGCCGGACCCCGGGAGCGGCGGGAAUCUCCCCCGGGCUGACGCCCCCCGCCCGGGCCGCCGCGUGCUCACGGGCGCUCGCCUCUCGCUUUGCUCCGCAGCGCCGCCGGCCCGGAGCCCCGCGCAGCGAGCCGGAGACCGAGCACCGCUCCAUGGCCCGCGGCCGCGCUGGGGCCCGCCGGCUGGCCCGGCUCCGCUCGCCCGGUAAACGAUUGCAAGAAUGGACUUCUGUUAUCCUUUGCAUAAUCUUAAUCACAGUUGACUUUCUGCUCCUGUUAAUCCAUUUUUCAGCAAAUCAUCUUUAUAAAAUAAUAGCAGGUAUAGUUGCUGGAAUUAUUACAGCUGAUUUUGCCUCAGGCAUGGUUCACUGGGGAGCUGAUACCUGGGGUUCCGUUGAUAUCCCUGUCAUUGGCAAGGCAUUUAUCAGGCCGUUUAGAGAGCAUCAUAUUGAUCCAACAGCAAUAACCAGACAUGACUUCAUUGAGACCAAUGGAGAUAACUGUUUGAUAACCAUAAUUCUACUGGCCUUCAUGUUAUAUAAAUUCCUCUCUCAAACACCAGGCUGGCUAAAUUACCCCUUGGACAGAAUAGGAUUUUGGAGGAAAAUAUUAUAGAAGCAUUAUCGGUCAGAAACCUUGAACUGAUGAUUUACAGUGGGCAUGGAAGAUGCAAUAAAGCACUCUUAAAGGAAA